GGUAAAUGAGCAGAUUCAGUUGAAUCUUCCUCGUGCACAAGCAGCUUGAACCGUCCCUGUCUAAAAACUUGACGAUCAGCUGUGAGUUAUGGACCUAGAGAUUUUAUGUUUAAAAUUCAUAAAUUCAAAUUUCAAACAACCUGUAUCUUUCCAGAAAUUUUCACUGUACAUCACAUAUGUAUCUAUGGGAAAACGACACGAAACUGAUUCCAAGUUCCUGAGUUUUUGCAACAUAUAAAAAUCAUACGUGAAUUACAAUAUCGCUACUGUUAUCUUUUCGUUGUUUCGUUUGUUCACACGAUUUUCCACAACAUAUAAGUGACUCAUAUAACUCAACUAGGCAGAGAAAAAUGAGUUUCUCAUCUCCAAUGCCCAGUAGGGAAUUUCUUUGGGAUGUUUUCCAAAAGGUCGAUAGAGACAGAAGUGGAUAUAUUAAUGCAGAUGAACUUGGUGCAGCACUAUCUAAUGGUACUUGGAGCCCCUUCAACCCAGAAACUGUGAGAUUAAUGAUAGGUAUGUUUGACCGUCAUAACAGGGGACAAGUAAGCUUUGAAGACUUUGGGGCUCUGUGGAAAUAUGUUACAGAUUGGCAAAACUGCUUCAGAUCUUUUGAUAGGGAUAACUCUGGAAAUAUAGAUAGAAAUGAAUUGAAAACUGCUCUUAUCUCAUUUGGAUAUAGGCUGUCUGAUUCCAUUAUUGAUAUGUUGAUCAAGAAGUUUGAUAGACAUGGAAAUGGGACAAUAUUGUUUGAUGAUUUCAUACAAUGUUGCAUUGUUCUAUAUACCCUCACAGCAUCAUUCAGACAGCAUGAUACAGAUCAAGAUGGAUAUAUUACAAUCCAUUAUGAACAGUUCUUGAGUAUGGUAUUUAGUUUAAAAAUCUAAGUUAUUGUGUGUUUUUAGCUUUUUUACUACUUGUAUAUUGAGUAUUGUGAGUGAAAUGUGCCACAUGAUCUAAUAUAUUCUUAUUCUUAUAUUACCUAAAAACCUCUUUUACAUAUUUAUCUCCUUAAAAUAUAAAUAUUUUGUCUAAUAUAGUGAUGCAAAAAAUCAAACUUCGACAUUUGCUGUUGAUUCAAUAGCAGCUUCUAAGUUUUAUGUGACCGCAGUUUAGCAUACUCUUAGUCUUAAGUGUAGCACUAACUCAGGCCAAUUGAUUUGAGGGUUAAAGGGGGUUUUUGUAUUUCUAUACUGUUAUAUAUUUUUCUAUAUAUAUAUAUAUAUAUGUUUUGUAUUUUAAUACUUAAUUCACCUUAUAUUGUACUGUCAGAUAAUCUGGCAUAAAUUUUCUCUACUUAUUACUGAACCUCUAUAUUUGUGUAUAACAAACGUGUUUACUUCAGAAUGAAUGUUUUCAAUUUCCAUUCCUUCAAAAUAUGUUUACCUGUGAUUGUUGUAAAUUAUGUCACAUGUCUAGUGUACAGUGGCAGAUAAUGACCCAUAUGCUAGAAUGUGAAGGUGAAAAUUCUAUUUGUUUUGUUGGAAUAUUUGUUUAUUUGUUUAUACCAAUAAAUAAUUUGUGAAACAUG